CGGACCAAAACGGGUGAGGAUUGAGGAAAGGAUGGGGACGACACACGCACACCAGAACUCAGGGUCUCAACCGCCGAGGCCGAUCGAGCGAGGCAGACCGACACCAUGUGGCUGCCGCACGCGUCCGACCUCCGCGCCUUCCUCGCGGCUGCUGCCGUCGCGCAUCUCUCCUCCUCCAGGGCCUCCCGCGCCUCCCCGUGCGCGACCCCGCCACCUCCGCGGUUCCGCGCGUUCGCCUCCUCCCGCGCGUCGCCGCCGCCCUCGCCCUCGCAAACGGGAUCAAUCGCCUCUGCCGCCGCAGCAGCAUGCGAGCAUGUGGCGGAGAAGCCCGCUACAUGCACGGCCGACGAGCUGCACUACGCGCCCGUACCGGGCACCGAGUGGCGGCUCGCGCUAUGGCGGUACCUUCCGCCGCCUGAGGCGCCAAAGAGGAAUCACCCGCUGAUGCUGCUGUCUGGAGUGGCCACGAACGCCAUUGGGUUCGACCUGUCGCCUGGGGCAUCAUUUGCUCGUCAUAUGUCCAUGCAAGGAUUUGAUACAUGGAUUGUUGAAGUGCGUGGUGCUGGCCUAAGCACGCGUGAAUCAGAACUAGCUGCAACUAACACCAAGUCUGACAUCACUCCUGAUCCUAAUUUUGAUGAAAGUUCUACAACAAAAGCAAGUAUUGCUGUUCCUGCUGAGAAUAUGUCCAGUUCUCAACCUCAAAUUUCUGAAGUUCCAGUAAUAACAGAUAAGAACAUGGUAGGAACAAGUAUAUCAGAAGAACCACAGCUGGUGACAAAGUUGUCAAAUGCUUUGGCACAAUUGGGUGAAACAUUCUCAGGUUAUGUAAAAGAUAGCCGGCUGAAAAACAUAGCUGACAGUUUUUUUGAUCGAGUGUCAGAACUUGCUCCUGCUGCCUCCGUAGCUAGCCUUGAGGAGGUUUCACAAAGGAUUUUAGGUUUGUUGGAAUUGCCACAGACAUCAGUGAUAUCUGAUCAAAUUAGCAAUUUAAGCCAGCGCCUUGUGAAGAUUCUGGGGGAAAACCAACGAAGUGUUUCCCCUAAGCUGUUUGGCUGGCAAGAACGGCUCUCGGCAACCAUAGAAGACCUACAGAAACAGUUGGAGCUUAUUAUAAGCUAUGAUUGGGACUUUGACCAUUAUCUGGAGGAGGAUGUACCUGCUGCGAUGGAUUACAUAAGAAAACAGAGUGUACCAAAGGAUGGGAAAUUGCUUGCUAUUGGUCAUUCCAUGGGAGGAAUCUUAUUGUAUGCAAUGGUUUCAAAGUGUGGAUCCAAAGGGGCUGAGCCAGAGCUGGCAGCAAUUGUUACAUUGGCUUCAUCAGUUGACUACACAACAUCCAAUUCCUCACUCAAGUUGCUAUUGCCGUUUGCUGAUCCAGCUGAGAUGUUGCGUGUUCCUGCUAUCCCACUAGGAGCAUUACUGUCUACUACCUAUCCUAUAUCCUCUCGAGCACCAUAUAUUCUGUCUCUGCUUCGGUCUCAAAUUUCAGCCAAAGAAAUGAUGGACCCUGAAUUGCUUUCAAAGCUUAUCUUGAAUAACUUUUGACUGGCACAUUUUUCUUCAAAGAGCAUCUGAACAAAAUCAAGGUCCCAGUGCUUGCCCUUGCUGGAGACGAGGAUCUGAUUUGUCCCCCAGAAGCUGUUUAUGAAACUGUGAAGCUAAUUCCUCAGCAUUUGGUUACAUACAAGGUUUUUGGAGGACCCGAAGGCCCUCACUAUGCCCAUUAUGACUUAGUUGGGGGGAGAAAGGCUGUCCAUGAAGUAUACCCAUGUAUAAUAAAGUUCCUGUUUCAACAUGACGAAGUGUCUUCAUGAGUCUUUGCCAUUCAUGUCUGUAAUUACAAUGUUCAAGACCACGUCGAAAUACAUAGUAAAAUUCCCAGACUGGAACUAAAGUCCCAUAGGCCAUAUCAUUAGAAGCACAGGGGAGACUAAUCUUGCUGGUUGCUGGCACCUCGCCGACCCCGUAUGAAACCUUAAGAACCGAUGUACGUACGUAUGUAAUUGAAUUUGAGGUUGCAAAUGUAGUUUCAACUACUUUUGAAGGGUUCGUGAGUGGCGUGGUCACAUGCACGUUUCAGCCGGUUGACUGUAUGAGAUGAAUGCAGUGUAGCUGUAGUUGCACGGCGGCUCUCAGCGGCAACGGUUGUGGACAAGAACUCGUGUCUAUGUUGCAGUUCCACAACCAAAGACAGGCGCACUGCACAGAUCUCCACCAGACUAGACAACUUUCAUGGCGUUGUUUCUGAAAGUAUUAUAUCGUAUAAAUUAAAUAAAAUACGAGUCAAGUUAGGAUUUA